UUCGGGAUUGACAAUCCUAAAACUUUCCCUGAAGCACUGCACAACCUGACUGACUUGUCUUUAACUGCCGUUUCCGUAGAUUGAUGGCGCAUUCACCAGUGAAUGAAACAAUGCAGGCGAUCAUUCAGGACUAUACAGAAACCGAAGAUGAGAAAUCGGUGAAACUCAACAUAGUACUCAGAUCGAAUUUAUCUGGAAAGGCCGCAAGGGGAUCCAACCGCUAUCUUACUCCUCUCGGCUUUAUCAUUAACCUGGUUGCAUACAACCUCCCUUCAUGGGGUUACACACAUCCAAGUUGCCGGCAUUUUGUCCGAUACGAAGGGGCCAUGACAGCUAUAGGAAUUGAGAUAGUCGGGCUAAUGAUGCUGUUACGGGUAAUUGCAAUGUAUAGACAUCAACGAGCUGCCAUUGUACUUGCGGUAUUUUACUUCUGGCUUGGAUUGCAAUACUCAUUUUUCGCACACGACAAUCUUACUCACGUUUUCACAGCUUGCACCAUGGUGUUCAAUUCGUAUGUGAGUUCUGAAACACUUUCUAGCGGCAGUAUUGCUUCGGCUUCAGCUUGGUUGCCUCUCCUCUACGACACGUAUGUCUUUGGGUUGACAUUGCACCGCACGCUUCCUUCGAUCCGCAACAAAGAGACGAGUCAUGUUAUUCGUACUCUCUUCGCAGACGGGUUACUGUACUACAGCGCUAUCUGCACUGUAAAUCUGGUGUUGACAAUCAUGAUAAUUAGAGCUCAAGAGGGGGUGAAAAAUAUUGCCGCACAACUCGAGCUUCUCCUGACCAUUUCCGGUCAACAGGUCACAAUGAUGUCAAGGAUCACUUUGAACCUCAGGAAGGAAGCGUCUUACGGACCUAGUCGCCUUCACUUGCAAGCGGAAAGUAUUAUAAUGUCUACACUUAAUCAUGCCAUAUCAACACCCUCAGGGGGAGUUGUCGUUCUCAACCGAUUGCCAUCACAAUCUGUCCCCUCCGCGGCGCGCGUUGGGUCGAGCAGCCGUGCGCGAUCUGGCUCUACAAGUUCUCUUCCCUCCCCUGUGCAAGCCAUCACUUUCGCAGAGAAUCCAUCAAUCUCCGCUACCCGGCCUCAUUUAAAUGCAAUAUAUUCUACUACCAAAAUCUCAGACACUCAAAAUCCCGUAGAUGCCAGUCCAGUUAUCGAGCAUGCCGAGUACUGGUCUUCAACCUCAAAUUCCAACCAGUGGAAUACUGCUGACGUUGUAUGAUCUAAAUCACAUUGCUGCUCUACCUAGUCCGUAGUUGUGUGUAUUAUUUUAGA